CCGCAGAUAAAAGUUGUUUACAUGUGAUAUAGUUGGUUAGGCCUUUUUGAAAUUCUUAGUCGGGUGUCUCACCCUAGCAAAUAUCUGUGGUUUGUUUCUUAUUUUUUUUAUGAGAUGGAUUAAUUUAUUUUAGAUUCACCUGACACCCUCUGGUAUUACCUGCGUCGUUUAGUUGUGCCCUACUUCUGUGUGAGAUCACAGUUCUCUUUGGGAUAUGACAUAAUCAAGGCAACCGCUGUAACUUGAGGUUCAAACAUUCAUUAUUUUUAAUAUUACCAAUGAAUUACGAUGCUUAAAGAAAUAAUAACCAACAUCAUCAACAGAGCUUUGGGAAAAUAUGUUGAAAAUUUUGAUUCCUCACAGUUCACUCUUGGACUUGGAGAUAUCGUGUUUAACAAUUUGGAACUUAAAAGCAACUGUUUCGAUGACCUAGAUAUACCUGUCAGACUUCUAUAUGGAAAAAUCGGGAAAUUUUCACUUAGGUUAUCAUACCUGAAGUUUUUUUCAUCGCCGUCUGUUGUUGAAAUUGACGAAUUAUUCCUACUUGUCGUUCCGAAUCAGCAUGCUGUUUAUGAUGAAGAGACAGAAAAGAAACAGGCAAAUGAAGCUAAAGAAGCAGAACUUCGAAAGGUGGAAGAAGCAAAAAAGAAAGCAUUGGAAAAAGCCCAAGGUGUCGAAAAACCACAAGUAGACAAAUCUUUUGUAGAAAAAAUAGCGUCGACUUUUAUUAAAAAUAUUGAAGUGAAAAUAAAAAACAUUCAUCUGAGGUUUGAAGAUAGGAUCAGUCAUGCGGGACAAAACUUUUCUUUCGGAAUCACCCUCAGUUCGCUAGAAGUGAAAACUGUUCCUCCGUGGGGUGAAACAGUACGUGAUCCACUCAACCUAGUUUUCAAGGAACUCACGAUCAGCUGGCUUUGCUUCUAUUGGAAUUCGAAUGACAUAUUAUUUCAGCUGACAAGUUUAAAUAAGAAAAAAGAAAUGGAACAAAAAUUCAGGGAAGGCGUUGGAUCCCUAUCGAAUGUACCCCCAGAGUAUCGUUAUUUGUUGGGCCCUAUUAACGCAAAAUCAAAUCUAAGAAUAAAUAUGCACCCAGAAUCGGAUGGUACCAACUUCGCUAUCCCAAAAUUUUCUCUGAGUUUCGAUUUGGAGGGAUUGCUUAUUUGUAUGACCAAGGAACAGUAUCAAGACUUGAUAUUAUUCUUAGAGACGUUAAGCUUCAUGAAAACAGCGAGCCUUUAUAGAAAAUUCAGACCAGAUGUUAUGACAUAUAAGGGUAAUGCAAAAAUCUGGUGGCAAUUCGCUUAUAAAUGUGUGACGGAUGAUAUUAAUAGAAAAAAGAAAAAUUGGGAUUGGAAUCAUAUAAAAAUGCAUCGGGAUAAAUUCCGUGAAUAUGUAAAAGCUUAUGCUAAUAAAUUAAAAACUCAAAGCAAGGCAGCAGAAGCCAUUUGUAAACAGUACGAGAAUGAACUCAAUGUUCUCAAUAUCGUCUUAGCAAGGCAGAAAUCCGAAAGAGAGGUUGCUCUUCAAAAUGUUGCUUCUGUUGCAGAGGCUAAGAAGGCUGGAGGUUUCUUUUCCAGGUUCUUUUUCGGUGGAGGCGAAAAGUCUCCAGAAAUGGAAUCAGGUGAUUCACUAACUGUUUCUAUAACAAAGAUGCAAGAAGUCUUAACGCAAGAAGAGAGAGAUGACAUGUACAAAGCCAUAGGCUACUCUGAAGGUGAAACUCCGACUGAUUAUCCAGAAGUCUUUGUCGAAUUUGACUUAUCUGCGAUCAUCCACAAAAUUGAAAUCAAAUUAAUUGAUGAACACAAAAUUAACUUGAUGACAAUUUUGUUGACGGAAGGGGUAACUUCAGUCCAGCAGAGGCCUGCCAGUAAAUCGUUGACGGUACAUGUUUCAAUAGAGAAAUUCCAAAUCAAAGGUCUCGACCAGAAUGGUACGAUACCAGUUCUGCUUACCACCAAAACAACGGUUUCUAAAGAACAUCCUUUGAUAAAGGUUUUGUUCGAAACUAAUCCCUUAGAUAGUAAAAGUGUUGACCAAAAAAUCCACGUUUUCGCUGAGCCUCUCCUUGUCAUAUACGAUGCCUUGACAAUAAAUAACCUUAUAAAGCUGUUUACUGUUCAGGAAAAUACUGUUACUUCUAAAAUUCAAGCUGCAGCUCAAGCGAAAUUGCAAGAAUUUAAAGAAGUAUCAGCGCUAGGUUUGCAGAACAUGCUGGAGCAUCACGUUACCAUCGAGGUCCGUAUCAUCAUACAAGCAUCCUCUGUUCUUUUACCUCAGAAGGGAUUCUACGUCGAAGGAUGCCGCAUGCUCGCUGUGACAUUAGGUAAUAUAAAGAUUUUGACCCUUCCUAGAAAAGAAUUCAUUGCUAAGGAAGCUGUCCGCGAAACAGAUAUACAAUCAGCUGAAUAUCUAAUGGAGUACAGCUAUGACAAUUUUGUUCUUCAGUUGUCAGAUUUACAGGUAGUGUUAGCAAUGCCAGAUGAAAAAUGGAAUGUUCCAACUAGAGAUAUGUAUUUUCUGAAACCAACAUCAUUGACAAUUAAUCUAGGAAAAUGUGUUAUCACAGACGAUGCCCGUUUGCCGAAAUUAAAAGUCAGUGGUCGGUUGACAGCUGUACAUUUUUCUAUUGCAGAACAACGGUUGAAGGAUUGCCUUUCGUUGUUAAUGUCUGUACCAGUGCCUGAAACACCACCUCCAACCAUGACCACCUCUACUUUAGAUGCUAAAGUUGAGGAGAGUCUAUUUCGGCAAAGUACCCUUUCUUUAACAGGAUUCAGCUAUGAAAGACAUUCGACUCUGUUGGAUUUCGAUGUUGAAGAAAGAAAAACAGAAAUGAUCAAGCAGGCUUUUGAAGUGGAUGCUAAGUUUGAACUCACGGAGCUUCUUAUUGAUAUUCUGGUAUUAAACAAUGGACAUUAUGAAGAACUUCUGCAAUUCCGUCUCAAUAAUUUGGAGGCUGUUCUUACCCAAUACACUUUUGUGAUGAGUGUCCAGUUAAAACUUGGCUCAGUCAAUAUGAGACACCAUUUUGAAAAUGAAUGGCUCAAUGUUAUCAGUAACUCCUCAGCUUUGGACGAUGGGGAGAAUUAUCUCUUUUUCGUAAAGUAUAUUAAUGUUGAUAAAAACAUCCCUGAGUUUCAUUCCAAAUACAAAUCAACCCUACAGCAGAUUGAAAUAGAUUUUACUAAACUUGAGUUGACAUUGCAUUGCGAAGCUUUAUGUUCACUCAUGGUCUGGGCUGAUGAUUUCGCCAAGGGUCUUCAACCUCCUGGGCAAUCAAAAGUAAGAAAAACUGGUGACAACAAACCUUCUUCCAUCUACAUGGCUGCUUCUAAAUUUGGAAGCAAAUUAGAUCUCCGAGGGAGUACUGGAAAAUUAUCUGGAAAACUCAGGAAAAGCACAUUGGCAAGUAUGUAUAAAGUGGAUGAAAUAAAAAUAAAGAUAAAAGUUCGCCUCGGAGAGAUAGCCAUAAUUCUGUGGAAGAAUAAAAGGGUUCUUUCUAGUCUUGGAGUGACAGGCGGAGAAUGCGUUCUCGGUGUAAAGUUAACUUACACUCAAAUGGAUCUCAAGCUCAGAGGGAUUUACUUGAAUAAUCACGACCCCGACACUCUUUACAAUAAGAUCCUGACUUCCAAGGAACGAGCUGAUGUGUUAUCACUACGUUUCGUUAGCUUUGAAAAUAUUGGUAAAAGAAGCGGUGGAGUCGAUAUGUCUGUAAACCUCAGCUUUGCUGCUGUAAGAUUUGUUUUUAUAAACAAAUUCAUCAUGUCUUUAUUGAGUUUCCUUGAUCAUUUUUCGGCAGCACGUAAAACAAUUAUUGAUGCCUCUACUGCCGCAGCUGAAGCAGCUAAACAGAAUGUUCAGGACGUUUUUGUAAAAGCUACAAGGAUAUCUCUGAAAAUUGAUUUGGAGGCACCGAAGAUUGUAAUUCCAGUCAGUGAUAAAAGUAUUCUAGCUUUUAUCCUAGAUUUAGGUCUACUUACAGCUAACAAUUCAUUUAUGGACGUCAAAGUUCCGAAUAGUGAAGAAAAUGCUGUACUUGAUCGGCUGAAUGUUGAUCUUCGUAACCUCAAACUUAAUCAAGUUUUGUUUGAUGAAGAUGAUGUGACAAAAGAAUUAUCAAGUCAUGCAAUUAUUGAACCUAUCAGUUUUGUUCUAACGUUGCAGCGUAACUUAUCCUGUGGAUGGUUUCUUGAUGUACCUGAUAUAGAAAUUGGUGGAAAAUUACAGACUAUCAAGAUUAAAUUUAACAAAUCGGACUAUAAAUGGAUAAUGCAAAUGUUGGAAGAUAAUAUUGGAGAUUCGGGCGUUCCUGAUGAAAUACCACCUUCAAAAGCCCCUCAACCAGCUCCUAAAAAGACAAGUGUGGCACAAUUAGAAGAAGAAGCAAGAACGCCUAACGUUGGCAAACAUGCAGUCGUCAGGAGUACGCUAAAAUUCACAAUGGCUCUUGAAAGUUUGAUUUUGGAACUUGAGGAUAACAGCGCUGAUAAUCCAGAUGUUAAAGAGGGCCUGUCUCGACUGACACUCGAACUUGUCUCUUUGAAAGGUUCCAUGAUGUCCGAUGAAUCUCUUCACUUUGCCGUUAUACUUCUUGAUUUUGUGAUGGACGAUACACGUCCGUCUAAAGUUGGUAAAAUUACCAGGUAUAUGGAACGUAAAAAAGGGCCUGCUGAUGAGAUUGGUGGCAAAAGUAUGAUUGAUAUUACGUAUCAGCAAACACCCGAAGCAAAGUUUGCUGACGUAAGAAUUUCCAGUAUUGACUUGAUAUUGAAUCUCGAACACUUGACUCAAGUUGCCGAAUUCUUCAGUAAACUUUCUGACUCUUCGCCUGCUUCUGUUGAGGACAUAAAAGGCAUUUCAAAACCUGAACCCUCAAAAAAGAGGGAAUCGGUAAUGGUUACCGAGGACAAGCCUGAUGUCGGGAGGAUAUCAGUGAAUUUCAAAGUGGAACAUCCAGACAUUAUCCUUAUUGAAAACAUUGAUGACAUAGAUACAAAUGCCCUUGUUCUGGAUUUCGAGCUGACUAUAACAGCUAAUUUGGGAACUGAUAAGAGCCUCAUUGCCGGAUCGCUCACCGACCUUCAGCUCUUCACCUGUUGUUAUAAUCCUGAUAAACGGAAAGCAACUAAAUCACCUGUUCUAAAUCCAGUUUCAUUUUUGGUUUCUGGCUGCGGAGAGGAAGGCAACACUAGAAUAGAAAUUGAUUCGACAAGGAUUAAAGUCUCAGUUACGCCAGGUGUCGUAAUGCUUCUGAGUAAAGUUGUUUCAACUCUAACUGCCAGCUCUAAAACAGUUGCCGAGGACACGGUAAUCAAGCCAAUAGAUCGUAGCACCAUGUGGGACAUUACAGAUUUCCACGAUUCCGAUUUCUCUUUUCUCAAAACAGAAGUUGCAGAGGAUGCACUUGCUGAAGUUGAAAACACUGGUCGGACAUCAUCUCGUCGUUCGACAUUGACAAAAUCAAACAAGAUGGAAUCUAUAUCCUUAAAAAUUAUGCAAAUUACAAUUACGUUGGAAGCAGGGUUUGGUCGAACAACUAUGCCUUUGCUCUUUGCCGAUGCUAGUUUGGAUGUUUCAGCUUUUAAUUGGAGUUCAAAGAUCCACAUAGAUGCAAAAUUAUUUUUGGAGAUGAGCUAUUACAACAGCCAGCAUGCGAUGUGGGAACCUCUAUUGGAACCAGUACCAUCCAAGAAAAACCUUGACACGUUCAAGACUGACCAUUCCCCCUGGAAGAUAAAAGUGUUGGUGGAUACUUUUACUGAAGAUGACGUGGCAGUACAGCAUGUUUCUAAACAAGGAACAAUUUCUGAGACAGACUCAGAAAGCGCUAAACAACAUGCUUUGACAUUGAUAUCAGUUCGCUCUGAAGAUAUUCUGAACAUCACUGUUUCCAAAAAAUCUUUGGAGGUUCUGACUGGACUGAGUGCUACCCUUUCAGCUGCUAUUUUCAAACCAGAAGAGUAUGAGGGUGAUAAAUCUCCGUAUGUUGUUAAAAACGAAUGCGGGCUCUCAGUGAAAAUUCUGCUUGAUGAUGAAUUUGUGGUUUACUCUUCUUCCGAUGAGGAGAAUGCUGAUGUUAAAUUUGUUGUCUUAGAUCAUGAUUCCUAUAUUGGACUUAAAUCUAGCAGCGAGAUUGAGUACCUUGGGCUUUCAGAAGAAACUAAAGAAAAGUUUAUUCAUAUUCUGGUGGUAGAUUAUAAAUGUCAUAUAAUGAUACCUGUUCUAAAAUCUGCCAAGAGAUUCUUCCUAAUUGGUCAUAAAGGACCAGGCAAUGAUAAGUGGGGUAUAGUAACCGAUGUGAUGAUUACAAACGGUCAAACUAUGGUUACGUUAAGAGGAAUCAUCCAGGUUGAAAAUACUCACAAUAUGCCUAUAAAUGUAUAUUCAAUGACUGAUAAAGAAAAUGAGCUUCAUCUAAUCGGAACGGUAAAACCUAAUGAUUUGUUAAAUCUGCCUUUGGAUUCCAUUUACACUCAAACGACUGAACUUUUCUUCAGUGCAGAUGGAUAUACUGUAUCAAUAGUGCCAUACUUAUGGAAGGAUCUGCAAAAUUGUGUCCAAAAAUCUAAGAUUCUCAAAUGCAACCCAAAAUCCAAGAGUAACACUGAACCGUUAUUUCUUAGAGUCGAUGGAGAAUUAGAACAAAUCUUUUUCGAGAACACCACACGACACACAAUGCUCAGUAGAUGCUUCAAACUCAGUAUCAGACCUACGGUUACAUUUAAGAACAUCUUGCCUAUAAAGGUGCACAUUUUGAUACAAGGUAUCGCUGGUGAACAUCCUGUCCUACCCGCGAUGACUAUACAGAUACCUACCGCGGAGCCUGGGAAUUCAUCUGUAGUGAUCAGGAUUCCAGAUUACUUGGACAGAGAAUGGUCUUGCAAAUAUGAGCUUUUGGAAGAUCCGCCUGAGCUCUCAGUUUGGAGUUUCGACUCAUUCGAGUCAGAUCGUCACAUAACUAUUGAUCUCGGAAUUCACAUGGAGCUGAGCCACGGGACUCAUAUGUACACAUUGUAUUGUCCAUUCUGGAUGAUCAACAAAACCGGCCUCGGGCUGGCUUAUAAGCAUCCAGAUGAGGCUAACACACUUUACCAUCCUGAAAACUAUGCUGGAGUAAUCAUGUUCUCCUUUAGAGCGAAAUCAUUUUUCGCCAAGAAGAAAUCUUCUAUAAAGGUUCUCGAUGGGCCCUGGUCAGAUAAAUUUUCCCUGGACGCUGUUGGAAGUUCCGGAGUCGUCAUUUGUAAGCAUGGAGAUCAGGUUUAUCACAUUGGUGUUAAGAUAGAAUUAUCAAAUAAUCCUCUAACAAAAGAGGUGGUUUUUACUCCGUUUUACGUGUUCAUGAACAACUUCAAAAACCUUCCUAUUGAAGUCAGAGAAGUUACAGAUGUGAUGGAAUAUAAUUGGCAAACUGUUCCAGCGGAAGACUGUAUUCCAUUUUGGCCUUAUGGCAAGCCUGACACUUCUAAGCUCCAAGUGAGGAUAGAAGGAAGAGAGGAAGCAACCAUUGCUUUUCCGUUCAACAAAUCUCACAAUAGUGUCUUGAAAGUUGCGAACAUGUACGGAGCAAUUGAUGUUGAUGUACAACUCAGCGACGGGGGUGCCUAUAUAGCUUUUUAUCAUUAUGAAGUUGGUAUGGCUCCUGUUCUCAUUAUGAACCAAACAAACACAGUCGUGGACUUGUGUGACUCGUCAGCCAAAGAUAAAAUUUAUUCCCUGGAUCCAAGGCAAAAAAUGCUGUUUACGUGGGAAAAAAUAAGUGAUAAUCAUCACAUAUCAUUUUGUAAAGGAGAAUUCACAAGUGAUCUUAAAGAGGAUAAUAUGGGUCCUUUUAUUGUAAGAAACAAACAACAGUUAUACUGGAGCACCUUCCUGUAUGGGCCGCAAAGGGUAUUCCUGAUAACUGAUUCUCAAAUCAUCGCUGCCGAAUCAAUAAAUUUGUCCGAUUAUGAAAUAAUUUCUAAUUCGAUCGAGGUAAGACUACAAGGUAUUGGUCUUUCCCUUGUCGACAACAAUAAGAAGAGAGAACUCCUCUAUAUCAGUUUGUCCAGCUCUGAUGUGGUAUGGGAAGCACGCAAGCUCGAUAAGAAGCCAUUCAAAAAGCUGUCGGUCAAUGACAGCGCUGCCAUCGAACGAUCCUACAAAGACUACAUUGACUCCUGUAGCUAUGGCUUCGAGACAAAUCCAGUGGUCAAAGUCAACAACAGGAUUACUGUUGAUUUCGCGGCAAUGAAGAUGACAUUACCUACAGAGAAAGAACUCCAUCGCUGUUUCGUUGAUGGGGUCUGGAUAAAUCUUAAGAGUUCCACAUAUUUGACAAGAUUUCAUAUGAAGAUCAAUAGCAUCCAGAUCGACCAACAAGUCUACGAUUGCGUUUUUCCUGUGAUUUUUGCGCCAGUGCCUCCUCCAAAAUCUGUGAUGGCCCAACUAACUCCAAAACCGUUCUUAGAAGUAAGUUUGGUCAAACUGAGUAACCAGUUCAGCCACCUUCAGCAGUUCAAAUAUUUUGGAAUCCUAAUUCAGGAAUUCCACUUCAGGGCCGAUACCGGUGUCCUGUCCAAUCUCAUGUACUUUUUCGAACCCGCAGAUGCGUCCGAGGAAACUCAAAUAGCGCUGAUGGAUGCAGAUGUAAAGCGAGCUCAGGAGCCUUUGAGUUUCUUUGUAUGGCAGACUUCGAAACAGGAAUUGAAAAAUUAUUACAGCAAACUUCAUUUGUCUCCUUUAAAGAUGCACAUAAGCUUUUCGUUAAGCAGCGGAGAGAGUUCCACCGGAGAGGAUAGCCUCAUGCCACCGAUAGUGUCAGUUUUCAUGCAUAGCUUUGGUGUGACACUUACAGAUGUUGAUGAUGUCUUAUUCAGAAUCAACUGUUUCGAGCGACAAUCACUUUUCGUGACUCAAUCUCAGCUGUUGAGAGAGGUGCAAGGUCACUACGUGAGCCAAAUCUUGCAGCAAAUCUACGUCGUUAUCUUAGGUCUGGACGUUAUCGGCAACCCUUUUGGUCUGAUUUCUGGAUUGAAGACUGGAGCUACGGAUUUUUUCUAUGAACCUAUUCAGGGAGCCAUCCGUGGUCCAGGAGAAUUCGCAGAAGGCCUGGUGCUAGGUGUGAGAUCGCUGUUUGGGCACACAGUCGGAGGUGCGGCCGGCGCUGUAUCUAAAAUGACUGGAGCUUUAGGUAAGGGAUUAGCAGCUCUCACGUUUGAUGAUGAUUACCAGAGGCAUAGGAGAGAAAUGCAGCGUUCCAAGCCUGCGACGAUGCAAGAAGGUUUUGCUCGCAGCGGCAAAGGUCUAGUUAUGGGUGUCAUAGAAGGUGUGGGAGGUGUUGUCACCAAGCCGCUGUCUGGUGCUAAACAAGAAGGUGUGUCAGGGUUCUUCAAGGGCGUUGGCAAAGGAAUGGUUGGCCUCAUCACGCGACCAACAGCUGGCAUCGUAGACUUUGCUAGCGGUUCACUUGGAGCUGUGAGAAGAGCAACAGAAGUUUCCAGUGAAUUGCCACGUAAACGAAUCCCUCGUUACAUAAGGCCAGAUGGAUUGAUCAAACCAUAUUGUGAACAAGAAGCAGAAGGCAACAAGUACCUUCAGGAACUUGAUAAAGGAAAGUACGCAAAGACUGAUGAAUAUGUCUUCCACAUGCCCAUUGGCUAUGCAACAAAAUACAAAGAUGUCCUCUUGCUAACUGAUUGUCGAAUGAUCUACCUCGCUUACAAUGAGAUAUUUGGAGGUUACCAGCUUGAAUGGGGGCACACUUGGUUGGAAAUAACCAAAGAACCCGAAAUAGUAAAUGAUGGAAUCAAGUUCUGGAUUGAUAAAAAGACUACUAUCAAAACUUUCUUCACUUCUCCUGACAGUGGCAAGAUAUUGUUUAUCGACAGUCUCAGUCUUAAAAAUCAUGUGCUGCAAUUGAUGAACCAGAUGAUUUUGAAGAAUGCCGCUGCUCUUAAUCAAAAAGGAUCUUCCAAUAUGUCGCUUUCUUCCACAGCAGAGGUGUGUAAGCAGUCUAAACAUUAGAAAUAUAGUUAAGGAAACGUCCAAACGCUUAAUGUUUCUGUAACUGCUUCCAUUUCUAUUCAGGGAUCAGUUUAAAAUUAAAGUGCCUCUUUUUAAAAUAUAUAUAACAUGAUAUUAUAUAUAUGGAUCUUAUAAUAUAGAUAUAUAUAUCAUAUCAUAAAUCAGAUCUGUUCAUUGCGGCAAGCCAUCAUAAAAGCCUGUGAUUUUAAUCUUUGUGUAAUCAAAAGUUAAUCUUAUUGUUGUACAAAUGGAAAGCUUUAAAUAAAUCCAGAAAGUUCUUACUGGUAUAUCUUGUAGCCUUAAUAAAGUCAUUUAAAGUUCGAUUAAGUUUUUCUCAAAAUAUCUUAAGAUCUUAUGCAAACUCUAUUGUUAUAAUGUACUGUUCUUUAUCACAGUAAUGAAUGUUUUGUACAGUAAUUUAAUUUUAUUAUUUGUUAACAAAUAAAUCAAAAAUCGUAAUUGUAAUUAACAAUUUUAUAAUCGUACUAUAAUGGCGAAGAGACGCUUUUAAUUUAUGUGAAAUUUAUGUUUAUUUUUGUCACAAGUUUUCUUAAUAAAUUGCUUUUGUUCACGAGUUUGUUA